AAAAAAAAAAAAAAAAAAAAGAGAGAGAGAGAGAGAGAGAGAGAAAAAGUGUCGAGAAAAUUGCAGGAAAAGGCACUAAAAUGCCACUUUUAAUCUCGCCUUUGCGGUCCGGGGAGGGAAAAAAAAAAAAAAAAAAAAAAAAAGGCAGAGAGGACCUGUCUCCUCUCAUUUACCGGGGGCUGUUGUGCGAGAGAGGGGGGAGAGGGAGCGAGGAGAGGAGGGGAGAGAGAAAAAGAACAGAGGGGAGGAAGGAAACACACACAAGGCACACCACCACCACUACAAAAAGUGACGAGGUUUCACUCCCCCUCCGAGUCCAAAACCGGGAGAAAUUGUAAUUAAAAAAAAAAUAAUCACAAAAACCUCUGUAUUAAAAAAAUAAAAUAAAAUCAAAACCUGGCUCUCUUUCUGCGAAGGAAAAAAGAAUAAAAAACAACAAAAAAAUCUGGGAACUCCGAGAAGAGUUACUCACAAGAAGGGGGGGGAAUAUAAAAUAGAAAAGCUGCAAAAAGCCAACAACAACAAAAACCAAACCAGCAAAAAAAAAAAAAAAUGGAAAAGAAUAAUAAUGAUAGGCUUUGGGUUUUUUUUUUUUGGCCUCUCUCUUUUUUGCUUUUUUUUUUUAUUAUUAUUUUUUUUUAAUGCUCGUUUCCCCUGACUGGCUGAGGAGGGCUGCUAUUUAGGCCGGUUUGGUGGUUGUUGCUGGAUGUUACACGGCUCUGUGUCUGAGUGUGCGUGUGUGUGUGUAUGUGUGUGUGUCCCCGGACGGAGCUGCCUGGCUGUGCUUGCGCUCUCUCUCUCUCUCUCUCUCUCUCUCUCUCUCUCUCUCUCUCUCCCCCCCCCCCCCCCCAUUUCUGUCCCCAUUAAAUUAUUAGUUGACUCAUCACUACUCCUCCUCCUGCUGCUGCCGCCGCCGCCGUCCCCUGCUCAGAGCCUCCUCUCCGCUACCGCUCGCUGCCGCUGCUGCCGCUGCCGCUGCUUCUUCUUCCUCCUCCUCAUUUUAAUACAAAAUAACACCGAGGCCACCGGCUCGCCUUUUUUUUUUUUUUUUUUUUUUUUUUUUUUAAUAAUACAGCCCCGAAACGGGGAGGAGGAACCCGCAGCCUCCCCGCUGCUGCCCGGAGCCCUUCCCCGGCGGCCCCGGAUCAUCCGACGCGUCCUGGGAGAGGGAGAGAGAGAGAGAGGGAAAGGGAGAGAGAGAGAGAGAGAGAGAGAGAGAGGGAGAGAGAGAGAGAGAGAAAGUGGCAGAGGAGGAGGAGGUGGUGGUGAAGGAGAGAGGAGUAGGGGCGGGGAUGAAGGCCGAACAAUAUCCUGCAGGCGUGGGCACGGCGCGGAGCGCCCGCCCCGCGGAGCCUGCGCGGGCAGGUGCAUGGCGGCGGGGGGGCCGCGGGGAGAGGGGGAGCGGAGCAAACUUCUGUCCCCCCCCCUCCCAUCCCCUUCCCCUCUCUUCACCCCCGGAUCUCCUAAAAGGCUGAGAGAAGCCCCCCCACCGAGCCCUGUCCCGGGAGGGGUCACCCCCGGUGCUGGUUUUUGGAGGGGGCUGAGCCGGGCCGGGCCGGGCCGGGUCGAGAUGCCCCGAGCGGCGUCCCCGGGCCGGGGCAGAGGGGUCCCCGCAGCGCCUCUGCCCCGCGGGAGCCGCAGCCACCAGCGCAAGGCGAGGGCUGGAAGGUGGCAGCGCGCUGACAGCAGAAAUAACCGGCAGCCAGCCGUAACUUCUUCCCACAAUGCACUCGGAAAAACAACAACAACACGAAAAAAAAAAAAAAAAAAGUAACCCAACUAGCCGAACUUGAACGCAACAAGUUUGUACAGGCUGCGAGAUAAGAGCAAAAUUAAAGUUCUUUAUUGAUAAUGGGCAUGGCGUUUGAAGGCGCUGUGUCUAACAAGGGGCGUUGCAUCACCAACCAGCGAAAUGCGAACUGCUGCGCAGGCGGGUUUAAAGCCCAAAUAGUUAGGGGAGCAACUUAAAAAAAAAUAGCGACCUGUACAUACAACUUGACGCAGCAGCAAAAGCAGGCAAGCGGGGAGACUGGUAACAGUUGUAGAGUACGCAAAAUAGCAUGGGCUCUGAGCAAAGGGAAGGCAAAUCAAUAAAUCUAUGAAGAGCAGAAUUAUCGCUACACGUAGUACUAUAAAACAAGAGGAAUGCAUCAGGACCGGGUAAGGAAACAAGCUGACAUUUACCCAAGUAAGCACAAACAGCAUACAGAAAAAAAAGAAAAAGAAAAAAUAAAAUGGUAAUAGGGUGAAAUACAUGAAAUAUUUAUAAUAUUCAGCAACACACAGAAUAGUUUAUAAUCUCAGAAGCAAAGAAAUGCAAUGCUUGAAAAUGAGUAGUGUUACAUAAUGCUAUUAUUCAGAGCAGAGCAAGUGGAGGUGGAAUACAUAGGAAACAUGAAAAGUUGUACAGAUGUUGCAUGUCCUGAAAAAGGUUACUAAGAUUGUUACCGAGAGUGCUUAAAAGGGGAAAAAAACAAGAAACACAUUUCACAAAGAAAAACAAUGGAAAAUGUAGAUGACAUCUUCCAUAACAUAUGAUCAAGGGAUAAAUGUCUUACGGGUUGUUUAUUUAGAAACCCAUCUUUUUCCAAGAUGAUAGAUUAAAUAUUAUUCAGUCCCUCCAAAAA